CAGGUUCUGGCCUGUGCAUUGAAUCAUCAACAAGACGUCGUUUCGUGAAUUGUACCUCGGGCACGGUCGCGCAAACAAUAGGUCCCGGCUUCGAGCUGACUUUCGAUUUGUUUCUUUUCGUUGUCAGAUAUUUCCCCUCUGAAGCGUUUUCCUCACCCAACAACGGAAAGCUUGGCCGUCAGAGCUGUGCAAGCUCCUAUCCAGUGACUCUUUAUCCUGCCGCAACUCGCGUCGCACCUCAGUUUUCCGAUCUCUCACGCGAUUCUCGACAAAUAUUUUCUUCUCAUACUCUUCGCCUGCAAAUCUUACCGCCCUCGUCCCACCUCUGAUCGACAUCGCUGAACGACGGAAUCAUGGCGCUUUGCCAGAACCGAUUACAAGAGGAGAGGAAGCAGUGGCGACGAGACCAUCCUUUCGGGUUCUAUGCCAAGCCACAGCGUACCAAAGAGGGUGUACUCGAUGUCAAAAAUUGGGAAUGCGGAAUCCCUGGCAAAGAGAACACAAUUUGGUCUGGUGGACUCUUUAAGCUGACCAUUGCUUUCCCUGAUGAGUACCCUACAAAGCCCCCCAAGUGCAAAUUUGUUCCCCCGCUGUUCCACCCCAAUGUGUACCCUUCAGGAACUGUCUGCCUGUCCAUCCUCAACGAAGAGGAGGCCUGGAAGCCUGCGAUCACCGUCAAACAAAUCCUUCUUGGUAUCCAGGACCUUCUCAACGAUCCUAACCCCGAGUCACCUGCCCAAGCGGAGGCAUACAACCUCUUCAAGAGAGAUCGUGCCGAGUACGAGAAGCGAGUUCGCCGUACGGUUCGCGAGAACCCCACACCUUGAUGAAACGUUCGGAGGCGUUGGGAGAGAAGAGACCUUUUAGACCAAAAUUUUCUUUGUAAGGCACCUCAGGCUACGGCGUUUAUAGGGAAAUACCAAGGCGGAAAGUUACUCAGAGUCUAUGAAGUGGACUCCACGCAUUACGGAGGCAUGCUAUAUAUCACAGUAUGACAAGAAGAGCUUGACAAUACAGCAGGAGAUAGGUGCUAGCGUAACGUCAUCAGAAUCCUUUUUAUACCGGGGAAUGAGCAGGCAGUUCACUGCGAUAGUGCGCUUUUUUGAAAUUCGU